AGCCUUUCCCUAGCAGCCUGUAGGAGCCUCUCCCUACUCCUGCCCCUGAGACACAAGACACAGCCUCGGACCCCCAGACACCAUGAGGAGCCUGCUGCUUCUCAGCAUCCUGGCUGCCCUAGCUGUGCUGACUCUGUGUUACGAAUCUCACGAAAGCAUGGAAUCCUAUGAAAUUAGUCCCUUCAUUAAUAGAAGAAAUGCCAACACCUUCAUGUCCCCGCAGCAGAGAUGGCGCGCUAAAGCCCUGGAGAGGGUCCGAGAACGCAGCAAGCCCGCCUACGAGAUCAGUCGGGAAGCCUGCGAUGACUACAAGCUUUGCGAACGUUAUGCCAUGCUUUAUGGUUACAACGCUGCCUACAACCGCUAUUUCAGGCAGCGCCGUGGGGCCAAAUGAGAAAGGGGAAGAAAUCGUUUCUCGUUCUGGAAUCUGAAGCCUGGUUUUGUAUCCCCUUGCAGCAGCAUUACUGAAAUAUGUAGACGCCAUACAAUGCUUGUUUCUUACAUAAUCUCUUGUCCGGGCGCACCCCUCCUUCCUGCUCCCAGAUUGUUAAAUAAUACAAGUGCAAUAUGUCAAGUUGUGUGAUUUUACAUAAUAAACUCUUAGUUUAAUACUUUCA